AUGAAGUUGUGGGGGAGCUCAGUGUGGCCUUUGCAAGUGGCCCUCCUUUUCGCCGUGGUGAUGUUCUGCGGUUGCCCUGUGUCCGCUGGCAGCCGUAACCAUCGGGGACAGACAGCCUUCUACCAGGUGAAGCAGGGGACGUGUGAGGUGGUGGCCAUCCACCGCUGUUGUAAUAAGAACAAGAUUGAGGAGCGUUCUCAGACCGUCAAGUGCUCCUGUUUCCCAGGCCAGGUCGCUGGCACAACCAGAACCAGGCCCUCCUGUGUGGAAGCCUCCAUCGUGAUUCAGAAGUGGUGGUGUCAGAUGAACCCCUGCAUGGAGGGAGAGGAGUGUAAGGUGCUCCCUGACCUCACCGGCUGGUCCUGCAGUACUGGGAACAAAGUCAAAACCACCAAGGUGAGAAGACUGGGUCACACGAUAGCAAGAGAAUCGCUGAGCAGUGACAUCACCAAGUCUCUCAACUGUUAA